CAUUCAAAUUUUGACCGUUGCCUUAUCCUAAUCUUGCUCAGAAAACAGAAUAUGUAACGAAGCUAUGAUCUCUUGCACUUUGCCCUCCAUUUUCUCUGCUCAACAACACCUCUUUGAUCGUAUUUUUCUAGAAAAGUAACUGCGAACUCGCAAAUUGCAUUGUAGAGAUCAGAUUAGAUCUGGUGGUGGAGACUAGAAUGGACGAGCAUUUGAAGAAUCUGUUCGGCAGAAUCAGAGAACAGUUCGGGUCGGGUCCGGGGCUGGGUCUGGGAUCCCAAACGUGCCUCAUGAAAAUCGACGGAGUUGACGCUCCAUUCAUCAAUUCGCUCUACAAAGCCGCCGCAUCUCUGUACCGCACCGAUCCGUGGCGGCGGUUGCGGCCGGGGCACCUCCUCGGCGUUAAAGUCGGGAAGGAUCGCGAAUGUACUGCCGGAGACGGCGGCGAUUUGGGGAUUCACAUGUUCCGGUCGCCGGAGGAUGCGCGGAAUUCGACGGGCGGCCGGGAGACGAUCAGAGUUGGGAAUGUGGAGCUGUUCCGGGUGACGUACGAGGUGGAGUCGCUGAUGUUUGCGUCGAACAAGCGGAUGAUCAAGUGCUUGGGGCUGGAGAGCUCCGGCGAGGAUCGGUUUCCGGUGUUCGAUGUGGUGCGUUGCAGGCCUUCCGGGGAGCUGGAGUUUAGGAAUCCGACGUUUGAGGAGCUGAGGUUUUGCUAUGGCGUUUUGAUGGCGGCUGCGCUGGUGCAUCCCCUGCUGGAGGGAGAUGGUGGUGGGGCUCCCAGCUAUGCUAGACUGGCGACGUUUCAGCCGUUAAUUGAGACGGUGGACGUUCAGUGGCCGGCGGAAUUCAGCAAAGGGACUGAUCUUGUUGCUGUGACCAUCUCUCACCCACCCAAUCAUGGAUACCAGGAAAAGAUUACUGAGCAUUCACAAGGAUGACAGUUUUUAGUUGAAUAGAGUAAAAGGUUGGUUGUGAUUUUAGCUUUACUAACUCCAACCAUUUACAUCAAAUUUAAACCCAGUUUUUAGUA